AUGAGCAAAACAUCUGAAGAACUGUUGAUCAUCUUUGAAACGGAGGCCAAGCAGUGGGCCUCGUACAUGCAGUCUGUCCUCGCUGGCUCAGUUCCGGAGACGGGGAUCUGUUGCUAUGACAUUGCCACAGUGACCGGUCGGCAAGACAACUUUCAGCAGCUCAGCCAUUAUAGAUGCAAACUGCUGAUCCUGUCGCGAGGUAUGCUGGAGGACUUGUGCCAGCUGCGGCGGUACUUCCUGGCCUGUGUGCUUAGGCCAGAGUCAUGUGUGGUGGUGCUGCUCUGUGGUGUCGAGAGCAUAGAACCUCUGCUGGAACUUGUUCCACUCAAGGGUGACGAAUGCCUCCAGAUCUCCAGUGAGCAGGAUGCACAGGAGUACCGCUCAGCUGUGCUUGAUAUCAUCUGCAGAGGUGGACAGACAUCAGCAGGGGGGAUGAGAGAAUCACAGCGCCUUAAACUGGAGAGAAAACAAUCUGCUGGUCCUGCAUCUACAAAAUCCCAAAUAAUGAUCCUACCCAGUCGAGUUCCUUGUGAGAGUCCUGGUGAGGUGUAUCUUCUAUUGCGGGAAGCCAUGACUAGUAAAAAUCUGGAGGUGGAGUUCAGUGGUGUCAAGAAAAAAGUGAGAGUAAAGCCAGUAAAUUGGAAUGAGACCACGCUCAGUGUGACUGCUGCAGAUUUUCCAGCUGGAAGUGUAGUUGUAACACUGUACUGUGGAGGUGUGAUCAAGGGCACUGCUUGCCUACACUACUACACCGCUAUGGGGGAAAUCUCCCGCCUGCUUAAACAGGCUGCAGACCCGGUGAACUUCAUGCUUCAGGCUUUUCAGGUCUCCUCCACAGAGAAACUAGAUCACAUUCUGGCUUCCAGCAUGAUGAAAAAAAUGCCUACUGGAGGUUUCCAAGCUCUGCAGCAUGAUCAGAGUCUGGCUGCAGUAUCCUCAUCAGAUGACAUUCCCACUCUACUGCAUUUUGCAGCUCAGCAUGGACUAAAAGACCUGGCCAGCAUUUUGCUGCAGUGCCCUGGAGCCCAGCAAGCCCUAAGGAGCCCCAAUCGACUGGGACACACACCUUUAGCACGGGCACAUGCACAUGGGCACUCACAGCUCCACACUCUCCUGCAGGAAUCACUGGCAAAGAACAGUGGAGAGGGCCCUGAUGACGACACAAGCAUAUAUGAACUGAUGGGCAGAACUGGCAAUCUCAAGGUUACUGACAGCCACAAAGAGUCUUGCACAUGGGCCAGUAAUGAAGAGCUGGAGGAGGAUGAGGAAGAUCCCUAUUUUCAUGUAGAAACCAAUAACGAAGAGUAUGACACAAUCUCGACCCCCAGUUGCUCAGAUCUAAUAGCGAACCGGCCUCCUGCACCUGCUCCCCGACCUAAAAGCCUUCCCACCAAGGAGAAAACUGUGCCAUUCAUUUGUCAGGUGUUCCAGAAGAAAAUGCCCCAGGGAGAUUCUGACACCCUCUACUCUUUAUCCUCUAAACAAACACGGGGUCGAGACAGUAUCUCAUCCACAUAUGACACGUUCAUGCCGACUCACGCGCCGGGCCUGGACAACCUUAUUGACCUGCAAAAGCAGGUGAAGGAUGGAGUGAUCAGCAUGGACGAGGCCCUGGAGAGAUUCAGUGACUGGCAGAGGGUUCAGAGAGGCCUGGAUACCUUUCAACAGGAAAAACUGCGGCAGUUACGGGCAACAUUAAUUAACAACAAAGAGGAUGAUAGUGUCUAUGAUAAAAUCGCCAUAGUUCAUCACACACCAUCUGCUACUUCAGACAAAUGCCGACGAGGAAGCCAGCAAGCAGAGACGGACUUCUACAGUAAACCCAUCAAAGGACAGCAUGCGUGUUUGGAAGCAGCAGUUUUGCCUUUGGAGAUGAUCCGGUUCCAGCAGCCUGGUGGCAUUUGCCGCGUGGGUUUUGCCUGUCACCUGCUGCUAUGGGAGAAUGCCGAGCUUCCUGAUCCUAGUCUGGAGCCAGCUUCGCAUUCCCUUCUUCACCUUAAUAUUUCUUAG